GCGCUGCAGCUGUGGUUGGUUCAGGACCCAUGAGCUCUACCAGUCCCACCCACACACACGACAGAGAGAGGACCCAACAUGGCUGAAGAAGAAGGAAGCGAGUUAACUUCUGGUGGUCUUUUCCAGGAGAUUUUCACCUCCCCGUUGAACCUUACGCUGCUCAGCCUCUGUCUGUUCCUUUACAAAAUCUUCCGCGGGGACAAACAGCCGGAGCUGGGCGAGGUGGAACCACAGCUGCCCAAACUAAAGAAGAGGGAUUUUACCCUCGCAGAGUUGAAGCCCUACGAUGGGCUCCAGGACCCGAGGAUCCUCAUGGCUGUCAACGGGAAAGUGUUCGACGUGACACGGGGGAAGAAGUUUUACGGCCCAGAGGGCCCGUAUGGAGUGUUUGCAGGCAAAGAUGCAUCCAGAGGUUUGGCUACGUUCUGCCUGGAGAAAGAGGCGCUGAAAGACGAGCACGACGACCUGUCGGACCUGAACACCAUGCAGCAGGAGGGCCUGUCCGAGUGGGAGGCUCAGUUUACCUUUAAGUAUGAUUACAUUGGUAAGCUGCUGAAACCGGGGGAGGAGCCAACAGAGUACACAGACGACGAGGAGGUAAAAGACAAGAAGACGGACUAGAGAAUGAAAAGUGACCGCGUCGGGGAAAAUGAUUGAUGCCUUAAUGUUUGUAAUUCUGAUGCCUCCUAUUAGGGCCAGUCUAUAUGUACUCUAAUACCUUUGGACACAAUCCUACAUUUCAUAUGCUGAGUGACUGAAUUCCAUUUAUCUCUUGGCAUCACCAUUUAAAGAUGCAUACAUUUAAAGAUGCUGCGUAGUGUUUAUCAGUUUAAAAGGGGUCCUGUGGAGAAUCGAAAACGUGGACCAAUGACGGUUAAAUGUCCUGUAGGUUGUCUGAAGGAGGAGAACAUCCACAGCUCUGUCGUACACUUUAUGAAAGGGUCAUUUUGAUAUUUAACGCUAUUUUCCCAUGUUUUUUAGUCUUGGUUACUAAUUAGGACAACCAUUUUUGAAACCAGUCCUGUGUUAAGCGAGAGCGCUGCAGCCAGUAACUGCGAAACCGGCUCGGUGGCUCGACGUAAGUCAACUAAAAGCAAUUGUGUCUGCCACUGAGAGGCUCAUUGUUUGAUUCAAAUUAAAGAUAACAUUGUGCAAGAAACUACAGAGGAAUAAAACACAUUUCCAUUGACACGUGCAGUCUGUUUAGCACCUCCGGACUGUAGCCUUCUUACUCAAUGCUCGACCAUUCACAAAAAAUGUUGUCCCUUUUCGUCUUGAGACACAAAAAUAUGAGAAAAUAACAAAGUUACCCUUAAAUAUCGCUGCUGAUGUAUUACAGGUUGUACACAUUCCUUUCACAAAGGUUUCAGCUCGGAUCACAUUGAAAUAAAUAGUCUCAGAAAGUAUUCUCUUUUCAAAUUGACUAAACAUAUAUUGAGGGUCUGGAGCCAGAGGGCAGAUUGGAAGUCAUUUCUUAACCUGGGUGUGUAAAAAUACAUGUCAAUUUAGCAGGAUAAUCUUUGAAUCCAACCAAAAGGUUUGGUUUCCCUGAAAAUAGAUCGGACACUGGGAAACGAGUUUGAAAUGGAUCAUGUGAAAUUAAAGUUGAUCUGUGAAGGGUUUUUGUUACUCGGAGAGCAACACCCACGCUGAGAUGAAGAAAUACUAAAGAUGUCCUCACAGAAAACACUGCUAAAAUAAUUUCUUAUCAGCACCUUUUCUUGUGACGGUUACACAAGGUGAACUGGCCCUAAUCUUUAAACAAUAUGUGGGCAGUGACGUCCAGAUGUUUGGUAAAGCUAUCGAGUGAAUCUGCUCAUCUCAAUUCACCUGUCCCUAAAAACAUUAUCAGAUUGUAUUUCUUCUUUUCUGUUGAGCGACACUUUUCUUUAAUUAAUCCUGAGAUAUUUUAGCAGGAGCUCACAGAUUUUGAGACCAUAAAACUCAAUAUGACAAUCCAUGUUGUUUACUGCGUAGCUCAAUAUCCUAAAUGUAACAUCAAUUAACCAAAAAGCAAAACUAUUAAACAAAUUCUCUGGCUUCAGCUACUCAAACAUAACCAUUUGCUGCUUUUUCUUUGCUUCACGCAUUUACAAUGUGAAUUUUGGACUGUAGGGCGGAUAUAAAGAUGCAAUGUUUUUCAAGAAAUACUUAAUGGUAACACAUGAAGCUCUCAUUUACAUGAAGUUGUGUUCUGUUGAUCAUAACGUGCUGCAGGAGAACAGUUCAAAGUACAGAGAAAUGGUUUGUAAAACACUAGAAAAGCCAGUAAAGGGAAAAUUGAAGUGGGAUUCUCAAAAACACUAGCAAACAAUUGAAUGUUUUACCUAAUAGUUUACAUGCUUUUUUGACAUUAGUCAGAGUUUUUUUUAGCGAUAUUUCACAGUCCAAGUUCCAAAACAGAAUAAAUAAAAGACUUGUUUUCAUCCACAAUUGUGUCCAUUAAGUACAGCAUAUGCUCUGUUUGCAAGGAAAUAUUGUUUAAUCCUGAAGUUAUAUUGAAUAUUUUAAAUGUUGUGUUAAAUAAUCAAUAUUUACUUUGUCACCAUCAUCCCUGUAAGAGUGGAAAGAAUGGCCACUUUCCAUAAAAACAGAUUCAGUGAUGGAAUAUGUUCAGUACGUGAUGUACAUACAUAAAAUAAACGUCAUAAUCCUGAAAAAUGAUAUUUUUACUUAAUAAAGAAAACUACAAAAUGAA